CCUCCUCCUCCUCCCGGCCUCCCUCUCCCAGCCAAACUGAAAGCCGGACCCCAGGCCGCCGCGCCGCCGCCCGGCCUCCCCGCCAGCGCGCCACCAUGGGCAGUCCCGGUUUCCCCUUGUAAAGAUGGCGGUGAGGGAUCGCUGCAACCUUUAGACUAAUGACUGUCCGAAACAUCGCCUCCAUCUGUAAUAUGGUGUUUAAAGGACAGUGGAGAUCAUGCCAUUUCAGACCUGGUGGAAGCAACCACUAAUAUAAACACCGCCCACGUAUAGGAAGGCUGGAGUGGGAAUCCUUAACCCCGCCCCCUGCUCAGGUCACCCCCCCCCCCACCGCCCCCACCGCCCCUACCGCCCCUCCCAGUCUUCCUUCCCAGAGGAGAAGGCUGGAUAUGAGAAAACUGCUGUCUUUUCACUGGAUCAGACGUAAAUAUUCACUGGACCUUGAUUCUUCGCUCAAUAAUGAAUUGUUUCCAGGGCACCAAUGCCUCUGCUCUGGAAAAAGACAUUGGUCCAGAGCAGUUUCCAAUCAAUGAACACUAUUUCGGAUUGGUCAAUUUUGGAAACACAUGCUACUGUAACUCCGUGCUUCAGGCGUUGUACUUCUGCCGUCCAUUCCGGGAGAAUGUGUUGGCAUACAAGGCCCAGCAAAAGAAGAAGGAAAACUUGCUGACGUGCCUGGCGGACCUUUUCCACAGCAUUGCCACGCAGAAGAAGAAGGUUGGCGUCAUCCCACCAAAGAAGUUCAUUUCAAGGCUGAGAAAAGAGAAUGAUCUCUUUGAUAACUACAUGCAACAGGAUGCUCAUGAAUUUUUAAAUUAUUUGCUGAACACUAUUGCGGACAUCCUGCAGGAGGAGAAGAAACAGGAAAAACAAAAUGGAAAAUUAAAAAAUGGCAACAUGAACGAACCUGCAGAAAAUAAUAAACCAGAACUCACCUGGGUCCAUGAGAUUUUUCAGGGAACGCUUACCAAUGAAACUCGAUGCUUGAACUGUGAAACUGUUAGUAGCAAAGAUGAAGAUUUUCUUGACCUUUCUGUUGAUGUGGAGCAGAAUACAUCCAUUACCCACUGUCUAAGAGACUUCAGCAACACAGAAACACUGUGUAGUGAACAAAAAUAUUAUUGUGAAACAUGCUGCAGCAAACAAGAAGCCCAGAAAAGGAUGAGGGUAAAAAAGCUGCCCAUGAUCUUGGCCCUGCACCUAAAGCGGUUCAAGUACAUGGAGCAGCUGCACAGAUAUACCAAGCUGUCUUACCGUGUGGUCUUCCCUCUGGAACUCCGGCUCUUCAACACCUCUAGUGAUGCGGUGAACUUGGACCGCAUGUAUGACCUGGUUGCUGUGGUCGUUCACUGUGGCAGUGGUCCUAAUCGUGGGCAUUAUAUCACUAUCGUGAAAAGUCACGGCUUCUGGCUUUUAUUUGAUGAUGACAUUGUAGAGAAAAUAGAUGCUCAAGCUAUUGAAGAAUUCUAUGGCCUGACAUCAGAUAUAUCAAAAAAUUCAGAAUCUGGAUAUAUUUUAUUCUAUCAGUCAAGAGAGUAACUUAAAGAACUGUGGAACUGAGUCAAGUGGGGGAAAAUGUUCAAAGCACUAUUACCUGGUUUCUCUGCAGUCUUUCUUCUUCCCCAGUGGCCCACUAAUGGUAUCACUCUGAGUCUCAAUGGUCUGGCCGAGUUAGACUCUCUCCUUUUGUGUUUUUACAUGCAGCACUACUCUUGGUUUUAUUUCAGUCUGACGUAGAGUUAACUGCAAUCAGAUUGUAGUCUGAUUUGUAUGAAUAACAGUUGCUAAUUUUAGGACUGGGUGAAAGCUAUGCCAUUCAUUAUGUCUGGCUGUAUUAGAAUGACAUUUCCUAUGAAUGUCUAUGGUCUAUUUUAGGUGUUUGCUAAACUUCUGUGGCUUCCAGGGUCUUCUUACAGUGCAUUCCUUUAACUUGUCCCUGGAAGCAUUGCUACCCAUUUUCAACUUCUCUGCCUCUUUUCUGAUAAAAGGACAGAAGAAUUGGGUAGAUAUUCACCUUUUAGGGGUGCAACUGUAGCUUUAAGUUUGUGCAAGUGAAAAUGUUGAAAAGUGAGUAACCUCAAUACUAAAAUCAUCCUUCACAUGAAACAGGGUGAAGAGAAGCUGUCCGCGGUGGCUGGUGUUGGCUGGCAUUGGCACUAGGCUGUGCUGACCUAGCCAUUAGAAUUCCAGGGGCUAAGAAGGCUCAGGGCAGGCAAAGCCAAGAGGGGGAAGUUUUUGUGGACAAUGAAAAGUUAUUUUCGUACCUUUCUACCAAAACCCAAGUUUCAGGAAAAUAACUCUAUGUUGUUUAUUUUCAGUGACACUUUUGUGAGGCCCUGUGAAUUGUAUUUAUCCUGUAUCCGGCACUGCUAAGCUUUUCAAGGUAUCUUUCCAAUCCUGCUGAUGUGUCACAGUCAGUGACUGCAGGGCUGGCAAACCUCCCCUUAGCCAGUCAGCACGGCAUUGUUCCUUAUCAGGAAUAACAAAGGUACUGCAUCUUUCCAGCCAUCAGCACAUUGUACAACUUAACUUUUUAAUAUAGUCCGUCUGUUUACUGAGGCACUGGCGAGUCCCAGGGCUGAUACAGAACCUUCCCUAGAGGGAAUACCAGAGUUAGCUGGGUAUGAAGGUGGCUCAAAGGAAGUGUCCGUGGGCAGGGGGAGGAAUGAACAAAAUGGCGCUGUUUCUUUGGCUCAGACUUCUAAAAUGCUUGACAAGACAGAAUUUUUUUGGAAGAACCUCAUCUCACUAUAGUUACUUUUUUCACUUUUGUUAUAUAUGUAUUUAUUAGAGCAUUUGAAUAUUGGUACCUUUAAUUAAAAGGGUCGUUUGGUGUUUUGCCGUUGAGCUGGUUUUUGAGUCUUAGAUCUUGGCUUCCUUUGGAAGUCACGUAACUUCCAUACACUAUAAUAAACUGUGAACAUAUUUUUGUUACCUAAUGCAUCCGCUAAUGAACAUGCAAACUUUGGGCAUAAUGUGAACUAAAAUUGAAAUGGAAAAUGUUAGUGGCCAUUUUGCAACAAUGAAGAGGAUAGCACUUUAUCUAGAUGAAAACUGGAUUUCUUAUCUUUGAAAUAUCUUGAACUGUUUAUUGCUCAGAACUUAAGUAAGCAUGCCAACAUUUCAUUUGUUUAUGCUUGAAGUGAAAUGUUUUACUUUUCACUGGAGAAGACAAAACAGGGUGAUCUUCAUGUUGUUGUUUUAUACAGUGAUGGAAAUGUACCUUGCCUUGUUUAGAGGCAAUUUCACAUUUAUAAGCAUUGUUUUUCUCUCCAUGAAACUUAUGCAGUAAUCACUACCUGGAAGGUGAGUCUUUGUCUCCUUUUAAGGAGAGGCACUUUCCGACUGAAGGUGAUUAAUGUAGGAAAAUGUUUGUACUACAUAGAAUCCAUAUAUUUGACUGCAAGUUACAAAGUUUUAAGAAAAUGAUGGUUGGCCUCUAAUAUAUUGGAACUGAUUCAUAAGAAAAGCUAUUAAAAUUAUCUUUGAAACAACUGUUGAAGCUAAUUUAUUAGAAAAAAUAUUUCAAUUGGAAGCCUGUAGAAGUAAUGUUUAAAUGCUCAGUCAUAAGUUCAGGAUAUUUCUUUUCUAUUUGGUUGUGCAAAAUGUUUUUCCCAGUGAUUUAAUCAAAGUAAUUCCUUUUAAUAGAAAGAGUCAGUUAAAAUUCAGCAUUCAUGGAUAGAUUUUUGGAACGAGAAAGGGUAAGUAUAAGAAAAUAUUGCAAAGACAUUAAAACAAUUGUGUGGUGCAGAAAAAGAAGAUUGGAAAAAGACCAAAACACACUUCUCCAGCAACACUCCAUCAGCUUUUUAAAAUUUAGAGCUAUCUGCUAAUUUUUUCACUCUUCCUCCUCAAUAAAUGAAACAAACACUAGGCAGCUACAAGUUUUUCCCAAUCAUGUCUCUUUAUGUAAAGAGGGUAACAUGCAAACACUUUUAGUUUACAUCCCUCAUUCAUAGUGUAAAACAGGAAAUGGUGUGGGAGAUGUGAGACCAUUCUGAGGUCAGCAAUAGCCCAAAGGCUCCUCAGUAUUCCCUCCAACGGCCAAGGAUUUCCUGUGUCAUCUGCAGAAGUGAGUAGGCCUGCUGUAUUUCUUUUAACUGCUGGGUGUUAUAAAAUAAGUUACAGUGUUUUACACUUAAAAAAAAACAGAAGGAACAUUUGCUUUAUUGGUUACUUACUAGUUUAGCCUCUAGGUUAUGGCAUAAAAAAUGCUACAAAAUCAUGUGUUUAAAAGUAAAUGUUGGUAAAAUGCUGGCAUCCAGUCCUAUUGUGUUGGUGCAUUUUCCCUUCUAUGGUCAUAGGAAGUGGACUGUUCUGAAGAGACUGAGGCACAACACAAGCAGGGCAUUAGUUUGAAUAGGAAGUCAGUCAUACUUGGUUUUAUGGCCUGGUAUAUUUUGGAUUUAAGAUAAAAUGGGGAAAAAAUGUCAGAAAUGGUCCCUAUGCAAUUAUUUUCAUGGAUACCCUUAAUUUCAUGGGCAUGCCGAAUAAUGAUCUAUGUUCUAACUGGAGCUUAAGGCUUAUUUUAGGUAUUGGAGUGUAGCUUUAUUACAGAUGGAUUUUAUCUUUCAACAUUGCAUUUUGAUCAACUUUGUAUAUUCAUGUGUAUUAAAAUAUUGUGCACUAAAUGUUUUGCCCUUGUUUGCUAUUAUAUGGUCAAGGCAUUUAUCAGCACUAUUGUAAUGAACUCAUGUAAAUGGCAUGGGUCAGGGAAAAUUAUUUCUUACUUUUCUGCCUAAUUAAAUUUCUGUUUUCCAGUAUUACAUUAAUUUAUUUUUGGCUUCCAUUUCUGUGUAACCAAAAUAGUUACUGUAUUUGUGUGGCAUUCCUAUUAUUUUGUUGCUAAAAAUAUUGUAGUUUUUAUUUAAAAUAAUCUGUACCUUAAUUUUUAAAAAUGUAACCAAUUCAAGCACUUUAAGCAAUAAUGUCAAUCUUGUGAAAUUUUAAUCAGUUUAACACCCUGCCUCUAAAAUUGUUUGCAAAAAUUAAAUAAAUGAAUAAAAUGGAAAUUCUCUUUCUAGAGAAUUAUAUCCCGGUAAUGCUACACACAUGGACUUAAAAUCAUUUUUAUAAAGCGUGAGUCAGUGGCAGGUCUUAUGUCCAAGUAAUUAUUACAAACUUAAUUUUGAAGCAGUGGAAAUGUACAGAACAUUCUGGUCACUAUAAUAUAUAAAGGCAGCGUUACUCUCAAGGUUGAUAAAAAUCAAUGUUCUGGAGAUAACUCAUCACUUUUUUGAGUGAGAAAGAUCAACAGAAUUUAAUUCAGGGAACAGUAUCUGGAGAAUAGCAAACUGAGAAUAUCAGUGAAAAGAAGUUAGGGAUAGUUAACUAGGCAUCACAGUGAAUUUCUUUUUGGGGACUUUGCAUGUAAAAUCCUCUUAACCAGUUAUGAAAUGAAAGAUCCAUUCCCCAAAUAAGGAGGCAGCCUACAGCAUCUGGUUUCUAGGAAGGAGUAGGAGUGUUGUUGGUCCCUGGUGUCCUGAUAGCCAGCUGACUUCUGGGCCUGUUUCUGAGCCACGGGGAACCCCCAGCUUCAGAAAUCCUCAGGUGAGUUCACACCACUCCCUGCCCCAAAAGGGGGGCAGGCACAGGUCCAUGCCAUGUGGCCUCAGUGAAGCCUACAGUAAUCACGGGUAGGGCUGCUUUUCCGCAUCAGUCACCCAGGGCAUCUGUGGGUGGACAGAUUGUCAUCUGAAUACAUGCUUGGGUCCAUUUAUGGGAAUAAAACCUCACAGACCAAGAGCAGGGAAUGUGCCAGUAAGUGUUGAGUCUCCCAACUGCUGUCCAUCUUCUCAGGGCAGUGCAGUUGAACCUGACUGAGCUGAAACAGAGACUGUUGGGAAAGUCACUUCUGUCUGCCAUGAAGGCCAAAGGAAGAGAAGAUCUUCUUGGGAAUGUGUUUUUCUUUCCUAGGCCUCACUUUGUCAGUGGGAUUUAUAGGAUAGGCCUGUCACUACCAAGGUGACACAAAUUCUAGAGAAUGUAUUUUCCCAUUUCUUCAAAUUUCCUUUCCUCUCUUUGUAUUGAUACUUAAAAUACCUUUACUGAAAAAAAAUGAAGCAUUCCAUUUCCAUUGCCUUAUAUUUACAUGAAGAUAAAAAUAUUUGCUAAGUCAUUGUAUUUGUCCAUUCUGGCAGUGCUAUAAAGACAUACCUGAGACUGGGUCAUUUACGAAGAAAAGAGGUUUAAUUGACUCAUGGUUCUAUGGGCUGUACAGGCUUCUGUUUUGGGGGAGGCCUCAGGAAACUUAAAAUCACAGCAGAAAGCAAAGGGAAAGCAAGCCCAUCUUAUGUGGCAGGAGCAAGAGGAAAAGAACAAAGCGGGAGGGAUUACACACUUUUCUUUCUUAUUUUUUUUUAAGAUGGAGUCUCACUGUCACCCAGGCUGGAGUGCAGUGUUGUGAUCUCAGCUCACUGCAACCUCUGCCUCCCAAGUUCAAGCGAUUCUCCUGUCUCAGCCUCCUAAGUAGGUGGGACUACAGGCAUGUGCCACUAUACCCGGGUAAUUUUUGUGUUUUCGGUAGAGACAAAGUUUCCCCACAUUGGCCAGGCCGGUCUGGAACUCCUGAAUUCAGGUGCCUCAGCCUCCCAAAGUGCUGGGAUUACAGGCAUGAGCCACCUUGCUCGGCUGGAGUUACACACUUUUAAACAGCCAGAUCUCGUGAGAACUCAGUCACGAGGCAGUACUAGCGGGAUGGUGCUAAAUCACCUAUGAUUCAAUCACCUCCCACCAGGCCCCGCCUCCAACACUGGGGAUUACAAUUCAACAUGAGAUUUGGGUGGAGACACAGCCAAACCAUAUCAGUCAUUUUUCUUUUACUGAGGGAAAAUUUUGGUUGUGGGGUUAGUACUAAAGAUAGCCCAUGUAGACUUUUUGUGAAGAUGCCCCAGGUGGAGAGAUUUUUAAUUAGGCAUUUGUUUGGCAACUAUUACAUUCUAGGCAUUGUGACAGGAGCUGGCGGAUAAAAAAGUGACACAGAUUGGGUCCCUCUUACAGACUCAUUUUUUGUCUCAGAAAAGUCUGGGUGAGAAAGAAAUUUAAAAUUAAGUUGUGGAAAUAAUACUUGUUGGGGAAACUCCUUGCAAUUCAGCACAGUUUGGUAUUCAGCCCCAGCCUCACCGUGCAGGUGGCACUGUUGGAUGAAGCCACCCCAUCCUUUUUCCUGGGAGCCCCACGCUCUUCCCAGCCUGCCUUCCAGCUCAGGGACAACACAUUUUGAAAAACAAAGUAUAAAUCGGUUAUGUUGCAGCAAUGAAUCACGUUUUGCCUCUUCUCAUGUUAAAAGAGCCAGUAUCAUGAAAGCCUCAACAGUGGGCUUUAUGAAUCAAGUAUCUGUUAUUUCUAAACAAUCUGUUUACAUUAUGACCAGAUAAUUAGAGCCUAUGUAGACUUACCAAAAUAAGAUAGGGCAUAAGUGGUUUAUUGGUGCAUCAACCUGUGUUUGCUUUUUAAGAUUCCUUUAUGUUUUAAAGUGAUUUGAACGAAAGACAUUAGGAGCUUACAAAGGAAAAGUAACUUCAUUUUGGCUAUGAGAUAACAGUCAGAAAUGAUGUUAGAUUGUGUAGAAAAGACUUCUAAUUGUGUGCUUAAUUCCCACAUGAUUAUAAUAAACUAUGUAUUAACCUUGGUGGGGUCGUACUCAGGUUGUCAAUUACACGGAUGCAUCUUUCACUUUUUUCUCUCCCAAGAGUGAGAGAAAGAGUGAGGUCGUGCUUAAGGCAGUGUGGAAUUCUAUAGAAACUCUUCAUGGAAAAGGAGUUCAGGCACUUGUGUUUAGAUUGCAGUCUGAUUCUGUUCUUCCUCUCAGCAUAAGGGAGCUUUGAAAAGAAAACGGAGACUUGUAUCCGACUUGGCUAGAAGCAAAAUAAUUUGAUCAUUGAAGCCACCAUUUCUAUGUAUUUGAUCAAGUCCUCCUCAGGAAUCCAAUACAGCUGUAUUCAUAUUUCACUCUCUCUUAAUGGACCUUGCUGGAAAGAACAUUCCAUGCUAAGAAAAUGGAAAAUAAAUGUGAGAAAACUUUAAGAAUGAGCCUUCACGUCUCCUGCAGCAGGUGAUAUCUCUGUACUUCAGAGCUUGUCUCCAGGUUGAGAAUUACCUGUUUUCCACUCUGCGGAGAUUAGAAAGAUAAUUUUUUAAUGGGUUAUAACACUUGUGUGAAGAAGAUUGACCUCCACCUCUCCUGUGAAAUAAAUUGUUUGAACUCUUUGAAGA